AUGAUAUUUGAAAGCUACGGUGUUGGUAAGUACAGCGACUGUCACAUGGAAUCAACAUCUUAUCUCCUCAGAGCCAAUGCUUAUAGAGUUCCCCAUGAGAAGGAGCCAAAUCUUGGAAUUAUUCCUCAUACUGACACAAGUUUUGUGAGUGUUGUUAAGCAAGAUAGUGUUCAAGGGUUACAGGUUCAAUUAAAGGACGGUACAUGGAUUCCUGUUCAUUUGCCACAAUCUUCCUUUGCUGUCAUAGCAGGUGAUGCCAUGCUGGCAUGGAGCAAUGGCAGGGUACAACCUUGUUUUCACAGAGUUAUAAUGAAAGAAAAAGCAAGAUUUUCUAUUGCACUGUUCUCCUUCCACAAAGGAGUUGUUCAAGUACCAAAAGAGCUUGCUGAUGAUGACUACCCACUACGAUUUAAAUCUUUUGAUCAUUUUGGUUUAUUAAAUUUCCGUUUGAAGAAUCCAGCUCUAUCUUCUCAGGAAAGAGUCAAAGCCUAUUGCGGUAUAAAGGAUGCAUGGGAAAGUAUUAAUUCCUGUCCAGAUAGCAGCAUUUCUUCUGUAGAAUACACAGAACCAUAUGUAUUCUCCAUGCUGUGUAUGUAUAUGGGACCAACAACCUCAAGUCUGCAACUCCAAAACGCAGAAAAGCAAAACAAUUCCAGUCAUAUAUUUCACCACAGAAAACCUAAAUCUUGGCACAAGUUCUUGGCUCUCUACUUGCAAGCUGUGAGGGAAGCGUUGGAGGAGUUUAGCUGUUUCAUUGCAGUUUAUGACAAGGCUGAAUCUGAGUGCAAAAUUGAUGUUUUUGCAUCGCUGAAGGAGUUCUUUAAUCUUCCCAUGGAGACAAAAUUGCUUAACGUUCACCCUGAUAAGAGUGCAUUUGGUUAUUUUGGACCAAAACCUAAUUUCCCUCUUCUUGAAGCCAUCUCUAUUGAAGAUUCAACAACUAUUGAAGCGGUUCAAAGCUUUGCCAAUCUCGCCUGGCCAUCUGGAAAUGAUCAUUUUUGUGAAACAAUAUGCGCCUGCACAAGGCAACUAUCAGAGGUGAACAGGAUGGUGAGCAAAAUGAUCUUUGAAAGCUAUGGUGUUGGUAGGUACAUUGAUUCUCACAUAGAAUCAACAUCUUAUCUCUUCAGAGCCAAUGCUUAUAGAGUUCCCCAAGAGAAGGAGCCAAAUCUUGGAAUCUCUCCUCAUACUGACACAAGUUUUGUGAGCGUUCUUAAGCAAGAUAGCGUACAAGGGUUGCAGGUUCAAUCAAAAGAUGGUACAUGGAUUCCUGUUGAUUUCCCACCAUCUUCCUUUGCAAUCAUGGCAGGUGAUGCCAUGCUGGCAUGGAGCAAUGGCAGAGUACGACCUUGUUUCCACAGAGUUAUGGUGACAGAGAAAGCAAGAACCUCUAUUGGGUUGUUCUCCUUCCACACUGGAAUUGUUCAAGUACCAAAAGAGCUUGUUGAUGACAACUACCCAUCACAAUUUACUUCUUUUGAUCAUUGGGGCUUAUUAAAAUUCCGUUCGAAAAAUCCGGCUUUAUCUUCUAGUGAAAGAGUGAAAGCCUAUUGUGGUAGAAAGGAUAUAUGAUGAAGUAUUGUUGGUUACCAAAAGCAACUGCAUUUGAAAUUUUUUUAAGACAAAUUCUCAAUUGUUUCACUUGUCAUGAGUUAAAACGGGUUUGGAGCAGAUACGGCUGACUGCUGGUACAAUUAGGGCAGUUGUUGUAUUUUUAUUUUUAUUUUUUUCAAAUGUUGGUGUACGCUUAGAAUAGUUGUAUUUAUACAACGAGUUGGUGUGCAUUAGUAAAAUUUAUGUGUCCAACGAGACAACAUCA